AUGAUCUUGUCGCAAUUGUUCGUCGAUCCUUUUGAGAAAUUAUUUGAUUUUCCAACUGAACAACGUGCUAAAAAUGUGGCGCAUGCUCCAAAAAGACCAAAUAAUUUGACAACUUCGGAAAAGAUUGUGAGUUAUCAUUUUAAACGAAACAUUCAAGCUUUUUUCUUUGAUGAAAAUCGAACAAGAAAUUUUCAGUUGGCCGUUCGAAAUAUUCUUCGCUAUGUUCCCACAAAAUUCCACGAUGUUUUGGCCAAAGAAUUUGCUGAAGAACUCGAAUCCUUCGGACACAUUUAUGCAUUCCGAUUCAUGCCAAACUUUGACCUACGGGCUCCGAAAAUCUCUGAAAUUCCAGCAAAAUGUCAACAGGCUGCCUCAAUCAUUCUAAUGAUUCUCAACAAUUUGGAUCCUGAAGUCGCGCAAUUCCCGCAAGAAUUAGUGACUUAUGGUGGAAAUGGUCAGGUUUUUAGUAAUUGGAUACAAUUUCGACUUGUUUUGGGAUAUUUGAGUAAAAUGACAAUGCAUCAAACUUUGGUUUUGUAUUCGGGACAUCCUUUGGGACUUUUUCCAUCGACGCCAGAUUCGCCACGAAUGACAAUUACGAAUGGAAUGAUGAUUCCGAGUUAUUCAACAAAGGAAUUGUAUGAUAAAUAUUUUGCACUUGGUGUAACUCAAUACGGACAAAUGACUGCUGGAAGUUUUUGUUAUAUUGGACCACAAGGAAUUGUUCACGGAACAACUGUAAGUUUGAAUUUUGAAUUUAUUUCCAAAAAACAUCCAAAGAAUUUCGUAUACAGAUCACAGUUUUGAAUGCUGGUCGCCGUCAAGGAUUGGACAAUUUGGCAGGAAAAGUAUUUGUGACUGCAGGUUUGGGAGGAAUGAGUGGAGCACAGCCAAAAGCUGCAAAAAUAGCCGGAUGUAUUGGAGUUAUUGCGGAAAUUUCGAAAACUGCUUUGUUGAAACGGCAUGAACAAGGAUGGUUGGAUGUUUAUUCAGAUGAUUUAGAUCAGAUAAUCUAUUUGAUCAAGGAACAUCGGAAAUUGAAAUCAACAAUUAGUAUCGGAUAUUUGGGAAAUAUUGUUGAUCUUUGGGAAAAAUUAGCUGAAGAAGAAGAAUGUUUGGUUGAAUUAGGAUCUGAUCAAACAAGUUUGCAUAAUCCAUUUUUGGGAGGAUUCUAUCCGGUUGGAUUAACAUUUGAAGAAUCGAAUAUUAUGAUGACACAAGAACCAGACAAAUUCAAGAAACUUGUGCAACAAAGUUUGUUGAGGCAAAUUAAAGCGAUUGAUAAAUUGGCUGCGAAAGGAAUGUAUUUCUGGGAUUACGGUAAUGCAUUUUUGUUGGAAUGUCAUCGAUCGGGAGCGGAUUUGUUGAAAAAAGAUGCGCAAGAUGAUAAGAGUUUUAGAUAUCCAAGUUAUAUGCAAGACAUUAUGGGGUAAGAUUUGCACUUGUUAAAUUUGUUUCAUUUUUCAAAACAUUCCAGAGACAUAUUCUCGAUUGGAUUCGGCCCGUUCAGAUGGGUAUGCACUUCUGGAAAAACAGAAGAUUUGAGAGAAACUGAUCAAUUGGCAUGUCGAAUUAUUAGUGAACUUCAAACAACUGAAGUUCCAGAAUAUGUGAAGCAACAAUAUGCUGAUAAUAAAAAAUGGAUAGAAGAAGCUGAGAAAAAUAAAUUGGUUGUUGGUUCUCAAGCAAGAAUUCUUUAUUCUGACAGAGCUGGAAGAGUUGCACUUGCAAAAGGAUUCAAUGAUUUAGUGAAAAAUGGAAAAGUAUCUGCACCAAUUGUUAUUUCACGAGAUCAUCACGAUGUUUCGGGAACAGAUUCGCCAUUCAGAGAAACAUCAAAUAUCACAGAUGGAAGUGCGUUUACAGCUGAUAUGGCUGUUCAAAAUUGUAUUGGUGACUCAUUUCGUGGUGCAACUUGGAUUUCACUUCAUAAUGGCGGAGGAGUUGGUUGGGGAGAUGUUAUUAAUGGUGGAUUUGGGCUGGUAUUAGAUGGAAGUGAAGAUGCGGAAAGAAGAGCGCAAGGAAUGUUGAAUUGGGAUGUGCCAAAUGGGGUUGCGAGAAGAAGUUGGAGUGGAAAUGAAAAAGCGAGAGAGGCUAUUAGAAGAUCACAAAUGCAAGUGGAAGGAAUGGAAGUUACUAUGCCUUAUGAUGCUGAUGAACAGAUUUUGAACAAACUUUUCUAG